UUGACGUACGUCCUGACGCAGGCGUGUCCAGUCAUUUGUUUUUCUGCUGCGCUGCUUGUGCCCAGAGCAACAUGGCGACGUCCCUGAUCUGCGGCCGGUUGUCCGCUGGACUGAGGAAUUCCGGCUCCAGGACGACUUUAAGCUCGGCAGCUAAGGUGCUUGGUGGGACAUCGGGUCUAUUUGGUAACCAGCUGUCUCCAAUGCUGUCAGUGCAGCAGCAGAGAAACCUCUCCCUGCAUGAAUACAUGAGCAUUGGGCUGCUGAAGGAAGCGGGCAUCUCUGUGCCUGCGGGUUUGGUGGCCAGCACACCUGAUGAGGCUUAUGCUGUUGCCAAACAGAUCGGCUCUAAAGACCUGGUGGUUAAAGCCCAAGUGUUGGCGGGUGGUCGAGGCAAAGGCUCUUUUGAGGGAGGAUUGAAAGGCGGAGUCAGAAUCGUUUACUCGCCAGAGGAAGCGAGAGAUAUCUCCUCUAAGAUGAUUGGCAAGAAGCUGUUCACUAAGCAGACAGGAGAGGCAGGGCGAAUCUGUAACCAGGUGUUUAUCUGCGAGCGCAGAUACCCACGCAGAGAGUAUUAUUUUGCCAUCACCAUGGAGAGGUCCUUCCAGGGCCCUGUGCUGAUUGGCAGUUCUCAGGGAGGCGUGAACAUUGAGGAUGUGGCUGCAGAGAAUCCUGAUGCCAUUGUGAAAGAGCCUAUUGAUAUCAUGGAGGGAAUAAAGAUGGAUCAGGCUAUUAAGGUGGCAGAGAAGAUGGGUUUCCCCCCUGCAUUGAUCAAUGAAGCUGCAGAAAACAUGUUGAAACUUUAUGAUGUGUUCAUCAAGUAUGAUGCAUCUAUGCUAGAGAUCAACCCAAUGGUGGAGGAUGCAUCUGGCAUUGUGAUGUGUAUGGACGCUAAGAUCAACUUUGACUCAAACGCUGCCUAUAGACAGAAGAAAGUGUUCGACAUGCGAGACUGGACCCAGGAGGACACCAGAGACAGACAGGCAGCCAAAGCAGACCUCAACUACAUUGGUCUAGAUGGCACUAUUGGCUGUCUGGUCAAUGGGGCUGGACUCGCUAUGGCAACUAUGGACAUCAUUAAACUGCAUGGUGGAACACCCGCUAACUUCCUGGAUGUUGGAGGAGGAGCCACUGCACAGCAGGUGACGGAGGCCUUCAAGCUCAUCACGUCUGAUAAAAAGGUCCAAGCUAUUUUGGUGAACAUCUUUGGUGGCAUCAUGCGGUGUGAUGUCAUCGCACAGGGCAUUAUUAUGGCUGUCACUGACUUAGAACUGAAAAUCCCCAUCGUAGUGCGGUUACAAGGAACAAGAGUAGACGAUGCCAAGGCUCUGAUUGCUGCCAGCCCUCUGAAGAUCCUGGCCUGUGAUGAUCUGGACGAGGCGGCCAAAAUGGUUGUAAAGCUCUCUGAAAUUGUAUCAUUGGCUAAAGAGGCCCAGGUUGAUGUCAAGUUCCAGCUGCCCAUCUAACAGUGCAAACCUACAAGCUACAUCACUAUUCAAACCAUCUUAUAUGAACUGAAUCUAAGCCCACCACUUGAGCUUGUCUAGUCUCAGACCUCCAGUAGAGAUCUCCUCAACCCCGUGUCCUGGUCAAGCUUCUGUCAUCUCUCGUUUCUGUCUCUUUGUGGUUCCCCGUUCCUUCUGUCUCAUCAGUGCUUUCAGAUUGUUAAAGCACAUGUGUAUCUGCAUGGUGCCACUUUCAUUUCAUGCAAAUCAACAUCACCCAGUGCAGAGCCCAUCAAACCAGUCCACUAACAUAUUGUUGAAUUUUUUUGGUUCCAUUGGUUUAGAUUGGGUCAGUGUUACUGCCUACUGUUGUUUUUCGUCAAUGUUAUUGUUUGUUUGAUUUCUGAAGUGGAGGAUGUAUUUAUGUGGGAUUGUAUUUAUACUGUUGAAAUGUACGGAGAUCUGACUCUUUGGGUAAAGAAUGUCUCGGACACAUUGGUCCUAUCUUUUGCCAUAUAUAUAUAUAUACACACAGUAUCAUAAAAGAAAAUCCCACCCCCUCGUUCUUCAUCCCUCCCUCCCUCCCCUCCUUCUCUUUUCCGGCGGGAGUGAGUGUCGCUGCCGGAUGUCUUCUCUGUUCUCCUGAAGAGAAAUGCACCAUUUCCCUUUUAAGUAAACGCACAAGCACUCACGGGGAAUAUUUGUGUUAUUGGUGUUCUCUCAGUCUGACAUGGAGCCACUGGUGCAGUGGCUGCAGAAAAUAAUAAAAAAUAUUGAAGUGUCUUAGAGGAUGAUGAUUGAUUCUACUCAAAGACUCUGUCACUGUCUAUUUUUGAAAUGUAGAACGUGUACUUCUUUGGCAAAGUAAGUCCCUUGAAUCAUCUUUCAUGUUAGAGUGGGUCCUAUAGUGAGAAUUAGAAAGCUUUCUAUAAAGGAAAGUGCUCUGAAUUUGGCAGCUAACAAUUUGAGGUCUGUAAUACCUCAACCAUCCAGUAGCAUUCCUAUUCAACUCAAUGGCAGUUGCCCAGCUGGUGCAGAACCUCCUGGAAGUAUGUGAUCUAUGAUUUAUGCUUAAAAUAUUAGAUUUUUGUCUAAAAUGUCUAAAACUGCACUUGGUAAAGUUACAAAUGACUUGUUUCUAGCAUCUGACUAAGGCUGCAUUUCGCUG